AUGUCGGAACGCCCCUCUCCUCCGUCCAGCUCGUACUUGGAGCCCCCGAGGCAGAGCGUGGAGCUUGAGGACCCAGGGGCCCCUGACCAUACAGUCUCCGAUAGCGACGAAGAACAUUUCUCAGAUGCCAGCGAAGGCAACUCACGCUCUCGCUCCCGCCCAACGUCUCGUGCUUCUCCUGUACCCCGGACUCGGGUGGAGAAAGUGGACGAUGUCCCUUCCCAUGGUGAUGUCCCUGGGACCAGCGCCUAUGAAAAAAGAGAGCAAGAUGCUGUUCCUGACGAGGUUGAGGUGAUCUCACGCAGCAGGAGCCCUUCCGCUGCGGGGCAGCGCCGCCGGUCUGUGACCCCAGGCGGCACGCGCAUUCCCCGGACUGUGGUGGAAAAGGUUGACCCCGGUCAACCAAGUUACGGCGAUGUUCCUGGGACAGAGGCGUACGAGAAGCGAAGAGCAGAUGCUGUCCCAGAUAUGGUUACCAAAACCUCAAAGUCAACAACACCUUCCGGGUCUCCCACAGAGUCCGCCGAGGCCAACUCCACGACUACGCCUGUUCCUGGAACGCUGCUCUCUGAAGUUGACGACACACCGGACGAUGGGACACUACAUUCUGGUCCGCAUGCCCAUCGGAGACGCCCGAGUGACACAUUGCCGGAUGCAAAAGAGACGGUCUCAGACUCACCCGAUCUUGCGCCUCAAUCAAAUAGCCCCACGCAUCCGACUCACACUCGACGAAAAUCAACAUUAACGGGAGGUGAACCUCCUGAAAUCACAGGCGGCGAUGACUUUGACGAUUUCGAGGAGGGGGGCGAUGAUGACUUUGGCGACUUCGACGAAUUCGACGACGGCUUCCAAGAACCAGAUACGGUUCUCGACGAACCCAGACCUGUCUCUCUACAGCCCCCUCAACAAACAGCGCCGCCUUAUGUCCCUCUAUUAGAUUUUGAAUCUAUUCAAUCUGUAUCCGACCUACUCACCAUUCUAGACGAACCCCUUGACCGACUUUUCCCUGCAUCUAAAGCCGCGCUCUCCGGCCAGUCAGACCUGCAACCUAUUUCUAAUUCCUCUGCCAUCUUCAGCACUGAGCGUUCACUUUCUCUAUGGUCUCAGCUGGUUGCCCCACCCCCGCUUCAGCCUCAGAACUGGGUCAAGUCCCGGAUCCGCCGCCUCUUCCUCGUUUCCCUUGGUGUUCCGGUAGACCUAGAUGAAAUCCUACCUGCAUCAAAACAGAACAAACUCAUUCUUCCAUCCAUCAACAUCGGCGCUUCCAAUUCGGCCGCCACCGGCACGCUAUCCCGCUCUCAAAGUUUAGCCAGAAAGGACUCGCAAAGCGGGCCAAAUAGUCCACGCACAUCAAGCACCGCAACUCAACAACGGUUAUCUAGGCGGCGCGAGCCCUCCCCCCCGGAGCUCGAUCUCACGGCAGUUCGGCGACUUUGCACAACCACCGACGCUGCGCUGGACGGACUGACCGACAUGGAGCUCCAAACCCAUGUCAAGGAGCUUGAGCAAGCCACUUUGCGCGCCUCCACUGUCCUCGAGUUCUGGCUCAAGCGCCGCGAUGGCCUCGUAAGCGAAAAAGAGGCUUUCGAGGGUGUAAUAGAGAAUCUAGUAAACCACGCCCGGCGUGUACGCAAAUGA